GUCUUUCUCCCUCAUCGACAACCUCGCUUUCAACGAUAAUAUGCCUCGUAUUCUCUUUGUGAGCGGUUUUCAUCCUUCUACACGUGCUAGGGAUCUGGCGUAUGAGUUUGAGCGAUAUGGACCCCUAGUUCGUUGUGACGUUCCAGCACCAAGAAAUCCACGUUCCACUGCCAACCCUUAUGCCUUCGUGGAGUUCCGCAGUCAACGUGAUGCUGAGGAAGCUUACUAUGAUAUGCAUGGUCGUUACAUACAAAAUGGACGUUUAAGUAUUCAGUGGGCCAAGAAUCCUCCGUCCUCUGUCUGGCGUUCUGACAGGCGUUCUCCUCCUCCACGUCGCGACCGCGAGCGCUCCAGGAGCCCUCGUCGUGGCGGUAAUAGAGACAGAGUCGAUCGUGAUCGUGAACGGGAACGCGACCGUGACCGUGAGCGCGACCGUGAUGAUCGCGACCUGGAUAGGGAUUUGGACAGAGACAACAGACGCAGACGCAGCCGUAGUCCAGAACGGCGGAGGAGCCCAUCUCCGGAGCGACGUAGGGAUGACAGAGCGCGAACACCUCCCCCUGUCGAUGACCUUAAAAAGGAUGAUGACAGAGACAGGGCUUUGACGCCUCCCUACGAGCAUUAGACUUGCCUUUCUCUCUUUCGUUUCCGUUGUAGUAUGUUUUCCAAAAUUUGUUUGGCCUUUGGGGCUUUCGUAUUUCCUUGUCCUGCACAGUUCCAGUUCUUCAUGUUUGUGGUAUAUUCGUCAAUGAAAUAAAACUUGCCUCGGCAGCUGUUUUUGUGU